AUUUAUUCCUCACGUAUAGGUGUCUUUAUUAAGUUGCAUUUCAGGUUAGGCAACAUUUAAACUCAAGAUAUUCUUUUCAUUGAAAAAGUUGCUUUUUUUUAAGAGUUGAGUAAAAUUCUUUUAAGUUUACACACAAAAUGCCCGAAUUAACUGAGAUCCAAUCGGAUGCUGCGACUACUUCUGCUGCUGGCGCUUCCCAUAUUAUUGAAGAAAAGCCGGCCACUAGCGUUGUAGUGGAAGAUGAUGGCAGUGAUAGUGAUUCAGAGGAUACUAUACCUGAAUUGGAAGAUGCCAGCACUGGUACAACGCAAUUGGGCGGCGGCGCCACCGGUUUACCCAUUGAUCUGGUCUCCAAGGCUAAGCAAUCGCGUGGCGAAAAAAAAGCUCGUAAAAUAAUGUUAAAAUUGGGUUUAAAACAAAUACAAGGCGUAAAUCGUGUCACCAUUCGUAAAUCGAAAAAUAUUUUAUUUGUCAUUAAUAAUCCCGACGUUUACAAAAAUCCACACAGUGAUACUUACAUUGUAUUCGGCGAAGCGAAAAUUGAGGACUUGUCUCAGCAGGCUCAAGUGGCUGCUGCCGAAAAAUUCAAAGCACCCGAAGCGACUAGUGCUGCUGAUACUAUAACCACUUCUUCCGUUGCUCCUAUUGCCGAAGAGGAUGAAGAGGAAGUUGAUGAGACCGGUGUCGAUGAAAAAGACAUUGAACUAGUUAUCAAUCAAGCUAACACCACCCGCGCCAAGGCUAUUAAGGCUCUUAAGAAUAAUAACAAUGAUAUUGUUAACGCUAUUAUGGAGCUGACGAUGCUUUAAAUUUGCUGCGUACUAUUGUGUUCACCGCAUUGUUACUUUGUAAACGGCUUGCAUUUUAUUUUAGUACCCGCCUCAGCAAAUAUAUUAAAUUGA